AAUAAAAAGCCGCUUUUUACUCCAAAUGCAACUGAAAAUUUCUCUUUGCAAAACCCCAAAUCCCCCUUUUUAAGUUUUAAUUAAUAACCUUUUCUCCAUCAUCCUUUAUAUCAUACGGUUCAGUCCUUCAUUAAUAUCUCUCUUUGUAUUUCUUUUGUCUUCAAUAUUGAUGAUCGUCUACGUGGUGGUUAAUAUCAGAUAGAAAUCAUUACCCAUUUAGCUUUGAACUUCAGCUUUAUACAUCUCUAAAACUUAUUCCUAAUCCCUGUCCAUGGCCACUGUUUCCCCUUUCCCCCCACAAUUUCAGCACCCAAAUACUAGUCCAAAGUUUUUGCCACCAAUGCUUCAACCUUACUUAGAGCAAGUAGAAGAAGAACACAAACAACAGCUUCAGCCACAGCAAGCUGCUGUUGAACAGGUAGAUAAUGAUCCUAAGCAAAGUCACCUUAAUUCAUCCCCUAGCAAUGGCUUCAUCAAUAAAUCAAUCUCGACUCUGUACCGCAUUUCCUUCAAUCAAAAUGGUAGCUGUUUUGCCAUUGGCACCGAUUGUGGCAUUAGUGUCUAUAGCUGUGACCCUUUCUGUGAGAUGUUCCGGCGAUACUUUGAUAAUGGAGGUGGUAUUGGAAUUGUUGAGAUGCUCUUCAGAAGCAAUAUACUAGUCUUUGUUGGAAAUGGAGAUAACCCACAAUAUCCUCGAAACAAGGUCAUAAUUUGGGAUGACCAUCAGAGCCGCUGCAUCGGUGAGCUCUGUUUCAGGUCGGCUGUGCGCAGUGUGCGGCUUCGACGGGACUGCAUUGUAGUUAUACUUGAGCAGAAGGUAUAUAUAUAUAAUUUUGCUGAUGUGAAGCUCGUCCACCAGAUUGAGACAAUUUCAAACCCAAAGGGACUCUGUGAAAUUUCACAAAAGGCUGGAUCACCAGUGCUGGUGUGCCCUGGGUUGCAAAAUGGUGAAGUUCGGGUUGAGCAUUUCACAUCAAAAAGGACUAGGUUUAUUUUUGCACAUGAUUCUAGGAUUGCGUCUUUUGCUCUUAGUCAUGAGGGGCAUGUGCUGGCAACAGCAAGUAUCAAGGGUACUCUUAUCCGGAUUUUCAACACACAGGAUGGUACAUUGUUGCAGGAGGUAAGGAGAGGUGCUGAUAGAGCAGAAAUUCACAGUAUUUCAUUCUCUCCGACUGCUCAGUGGCUAGCAGUCUCUAGUGACAAAGGCACUGUUCAUGUUUUUAGGCUCAAGGUCAAUCUGGGGAAUCAAGAUAAGACAAAAAAUUCUCCUAAUUUUCGUGUUACUUUGGCUGCAUCAAGUUCACCACUCUCCUUCAUCAAAGGAGUACUUCCAAAGUAUUUUAGCUCAGAGUGGUCUGUGGCUCAAUUCAGAUUGCCUGGAGAUUCUGAGUACAUUGUUACUUUUGGUCACGAAAAGAAUACAUUGUUAAUUCUUGGCUUGGAUGGAAGCUUUAUUAGAUGCAAGUUUGACCCAGCCUCUGGCAAAGAGAUGACUCAGUUGGAGAUUCACAACUUUCUCAAGUCUGACAAGGCCUCGUAAUGGAACGUGGGAUCGUCCUUUCUGUGUGCAAGGGUAGUAUUUGGUUCCCUUAGUUGCACCUGCUUUCCUAAUCGUGGUAUACACUAUUGUAAAUAUCAUAUAUAUAGCUAUUUAACGUGGUAAAUUGGUAGCUAUAACCAACAAUUUUGAACUACUUGAUGUAAAGAACGUCGACUUAUUAUAGUAUUCUAAAAAAAAUGUAAGAUAUGUAGUGGAGUUUAGAACCACAACUGUCACUAGUAAGAAAUUGUGUGGUUUUCUUUUUGAAAAGUUCUUUGUUGCUCAA